UCGAGCCAAAGGUCAAAUGUACACCCAAUUUGAUGCGAAUAGAGCUGCCUAUGAAAUCGUCCACCAAAGCAAUUUAUUUAAAAGGGCUGAAAGGCUACCCUAAUCCCGCCUGCUUACCUCAGACCGAUCCAGUGGAGGCCACCGCCGUUUUUCAACUCAAUCUGACCGAUUUCUAUCAGUGCGGGAUAACAAGAGCCAUAAAUCAAAUAACUGGCAAGCAGGUCUUCUACAAAACUAUAAUUAUCGAAUCCACAAGCGAAGUUGGAGGAAUUCAACAGCCGCACAUCGAGGAAUUUAUACACGUUAAAUGUUCAAUUUUUCCGAUCACCAAUCAUACCGUCGUGAAACGUAACGUGCUGCCCGCCGGAUUUCAGGAACCCGAAGAUCUCAAAAUAACAAGUAGCAUUACGACAAAAGCUCCCGUUCCGAUACUUGGGGUUGGCGUACGCCAAGGCGGUAAAUUAGUGACCGGCGAGCUAAAUGUUUCCCCCGGUACCCCAUUACAAAUGGAAAUAUUCUUGGAUAAAAAUUCCUCCGCUGUUUAUGGCCUGUUAGUAACCCACAUGCAAGUUACAGACACUAACACUCAAGAGGAAACGAUUAUUUAUAACGGGUAUGCUUUUAGCAAAGGGUUUAUGUUGAAUUAAGCAUAUCUAAACGAU